AUGCGACGUGGGUGGACAGCAGCAUGUGGUGCAUCAUGUUGUAUUGUCGAAUUUGUUGGCGACUGGGCAACGGAUUCACCCUUUGAGCUCCCUGAGGAAUUUCAUUAUCUCUGUAAUUUCUCAGCUCACAAGGUUGCUUUUACUGCCUUCAAUGCUCCCAGGCUUGGCAGUUUAACACUCCAGUAUUAUUGCAAUGAUGACGAUAUCGACGAUUAUGUUCCUAUUCUCCCGGUUAGCUUGGACUUGUCAUUUAUUCAUACUCUUUGUUUGGAUUUCAAUUUCAAGCCUUUCAAGCUUUUUGCCAGCGAACUUACUAGAUGGGGACCUGAACUAAAUGUGGAAUGCGUGGAGUUAUACGAUGUCAAUGUUCUUUAUGAUGAUGACUUCUCUUCAUUUAUUCAUUCAUUACUAAUAUGUCCGAAAUUACGCAAGCUUGACAUAUAUCAUUUAUACUUUUAUGCAGAAAUCUCUAGAUCUAUACUUUGGGAGGAACUUCAAAGUGCAGCUAAAGUGCUUAAAAUGCUUCACACUUUUAAGCUUAGAUUAUUCAAUGGGUCAAGGUUUGAAUUGCAAUUCAUCGAGGUGCUACUUGCUUGCUUUCCCGCACUUGAAAAGGUUGUCAUUAUUCGCCAUAUGGAGUUUGAUUCCAAUGAGGAGUUUGAAAUCAUGCAAAAGUUUUUUCAUUUUCCUCGUGCAUCAAAGAAAGCAAAAAUUGUUUACAUAUAAGCAUCUUAUUAUAUUUUUGUUGAAUUAAUAUAUGCAUCUCCUUGAUUCACUCUUUGAGUUCAAUAUUUUGUAAUGUACUAAUGGUUAACUCGAGUAUCCUUACUAGUUGAAUCUUCGAGAACACUACCCUUUUUUGGUUUUGAAUUAA